CGAAUCUGGCGCCACCAAAGCUAGCAGACCCUUGGCAACACGGGGAGGGUGCGCUGCCCCCGCUUGUGCCCAUUUUGGCGUCGUCAGCCGUUCGCGACGACCUGCGGCUGCACUUAUAUAUAUACAGUGUAUAUAUCUAUAUACAUAUAUACACAUACAAUUAGGACGUUCGGCCAGGGGCAAUUAAAGCUCCGCUGCGGUAGCGAUAAACGCAAUCAGCCUCGUCCGAGAGUAGUGGCUAAUCGAUUGCGCGUUGUCGAAAUUAAUUAACUAAAGUAGCGUAGUGUCCGCGGGUGAGUCAGAAAGAGAGAGAAAGGAAAGGUGACAUACGCAGUUAUGACGAGGACGAGUCAGGUCGCGGACUACCGCAGCCACUUUUUCAUCCAGUGCAACGCCGACGAGAUAAGCGACGAGCGUCAUGCCGUCGAGUCGCUCUCGCAAAAAAGCUCCGUAUCUCUGCGUAGUUUUUAAGGAAAAUCUGUAUUAAUCCUCGUUGCACCACCGACGACGCAUUGAUAUCCUCAGCCACUGGUUGCUCGUACAAAAGCUGUGGAGAAGGUUGUAAUUUUCAUUCUUCACAGCUGGAAAAAUGAAUGUACACCAGUUGCGUUGAGUUUGAUCAAGUGUAGGUUUGAGAAGGACAAGCAUCAGCUGAGCUCAUCAGAAUGUCUGGGGGAGAGAGGAAGAAGCGUGCUGGGGACCGAGGACAGGGAUGGGAGGAAGCUGGCGCAGAGUUUUACCAAGAGAGUUAUCCUGCUGCUGCUAUCGAGGCAGAUCUACAGCAAGCACUGCAAAGAGAUCCCUCGCAUAUAGCAACUUUACUGCCAAGCAAAAAGUCACGCGUUGCUACCACUACUGCAAAGCGGGUAAGGCAUGAGCCUCGCACUACUUUAAGAAGGCGGACAAGCACACGUUCAAGAUGUGCAACAAGUACAGCCAGGCGAAUGUCCACAAAUGUUCAAGAUGCAGCUGUUUCUAUGUUACCUGAUCUCUCUGAAAAUUUGUCUAAUGAAGAACGCACAUGGGAGGAGAUCAUGCAAAUCAAAGCAAUGCCUGUUUGUAUGGCACAAAAAAUUCAACUAAAAAAUCAAUUACAAAGCGCAACAAAGCUACGUCUACAAGGUUUUGAUCAGUUGAAGUGGCAGCGCAGAAAAGCAUGGCAAACCUUCAGCAUAAGGGCCAAAGAAGCAUACUCCAAAAUGGAGCUUUGGAGCAUGAGUCUCAAAAGGAUUGGUGGCAACUUUGGCAUGGGUAUUGUUGCCUACUUCCUCUUCAUCAAGUGGAUACUAUUUCUAAAUUUCAUCCUAUUUGCCAUCAUCGCAGUAUUCCUUAUUCUACCUACUAUUUUAUUGGCGCCUAUGCGAGUCGAAACGUGCGCCUAUAUCAACAAUACAGACACAAUAUGUUGCCCAGAACUAUAUAGGAACAAGUCAAAAGAACAUGAAACCUUCCUGGAUUUCUUCCAGGGUAACAAUCUCUUUGAAUACAGUCUUCUAUUCUAUGGAGCAUAUUCUUCUUCGAGUAUUCCUAGUGAAGAAGAUAGUUUCUAUUACGAUUUACCUUUGGCCUAUAUCUGCGUCAUGAUGACUAUUUUUGCUAUGAGCCUGGUAGCUAUAGUCAGAUCAGCAGUGAAAGGCUUUCGAGAAAGAGUUGUGGAAGGUGAAGGGCAGUUUUACAGAUAUUGCAAUCUCGUUUUUGGAGGCUGGGAUUACUGUAUCAAUAACGAAAAAGCUUCGGAAACAAAGCACAAGGCAUUGUACAAUGAGAUAAAGGUUCUUUUGGAGUCGGAAAGAUUCGAGGAAGAACGGCAGAAUCGCACCAGAGAAGAGAAAUUCAAACUGUGCCUGGUUCGUGUCUUCGUGAAUGCUCUGGUGCUUCUGAUACUCUGCUCCUGCGGCGUCUUCAUAUUUUACAUCAUUCGUUUCUCUUUCGACCAGGUUUACUCAGGAAGUAACGCGACCGAGCGUCCGAAAUUUAGCGAGCUAACGAUGGAGUCGGUCAACCAAAUAUUCUUUGAAUUUCUGCCAUAUAUCUGUAUAGUCCUGCUCAACGUCACCGUGCCGGUUCUCUUCCGGCAUCUAAUCAGUCUUGAGAAUUACAGUCCGCCUUUCGUUGUCAAAGUUACACUGUUUCGAACCAUAUUCCUCAGGUUGGCCUCUCUGGCAGUUCUUCUUAGCAGUUUUUACAUGAGAAUUGUGGGAAGCGUUGACGAGGAUCAAUGCACUAAUUCGACGCGUCCUCUGUGCUGGGAAACUUUUGUGGGACAGCAGUUUUUAAAACUUUAUAUAACAGAUCUUGUAGGUCAGUUCUUCAUGACGUUCUUCGUCAACUUCCCGAGAUCAUUUAUAGGAAAGCAUUCCGAAAGUAAAUUUUUACGAUUCAUAGGUCAACAAGAAUUCGAUUUGUCGAAGCACGUAUUGGAUAUCGUUUACUUACAGACCAUUUGUUGGCUGGGUGCAUUUUUCGUGCCAUUUUUACCACUGUUCGCCAUUGUAGGCUCAUUUUUGCUAUUUUACAUCAAGAAAUUUGCCUGUUUAGUUAAUUGUAAGCCAUCGAAUCAAAUCUACCGUGCUAGUAGAUCUCAAUCGCUCUUUAUGUUUAUUCUACUAAUCUGUUAUGUACUCAUUUUAGUUCCAAUAGGAUACUGUAUUGUAAAGAUUAGUCCAUCUAAAUCUUGUGGACCAUUCAAGGGUCUUGACUCAUCAUGGGCCUUGUUAGUGGCUACGUUUUUGCAAUUACCUAUCUGGAUUCGAUCAAUUCUAUCCUUUGUAGGCACUGCUGGCUUUGGAGUUCCAGCAUUUCUUGUACUGAUCUUAUUACUGUAUUAUUACUAUGCAGUAUCAAUGGCCAAUAAGAAUAUGGUAACGGUUCUAAAAAAUCAACUCAUUUUGGAGGGACAUGACAAGCAAUUUUUGCUGAACAGACUGAGCGCUUUCAUUAAACAACAACAAGAACAAACAAAAUAUCAUCAAGAUCACAGCGAUUUUACGUAGAUUAAUUUCCUUUAAUUAUGUAUAUAUCUAUACAGGGUACAUACAUCAUUAUUAUGUAGCUAAAUGCACAUUUGCACUUUUUGAGCUAGUCACUUUUGUUAAUAAUUCAUAAAAAAAAGAAACAAGAAAAUAUAUCUCAAAUAGAAAAUCAUUCUACUGCUUAUGGAUUAAAUUUGAUAUAAAAAUGAAUAACCACAUUGCUGCUAGGUAGUUAAUUAUGAUCAAUCAUAUAUUUUAUUAGUUUUAGUAUGUUAAGAGAUUUAUACUGAAUUGAAUUAUUUCAAUUUUAUUCCUUAAUGCACAUAAUUAAACUUUGGAUAUAAAAAUCUAAAAAAUGUAUACAAUUUAUAUAACAAAGCAGAAAGUACUAUUUGUAUUUCACUACUUUAAGUUAAGCGAAAUCAUUUUUUGUAUUUUCUUACAAGGAUAUUUUCCUACAAAUCAAUGCCAUAAACAAAGUUCAAAAAUGAGCAUAUCUAUUAUUUUUCUAUUUUUAUUUAACAAAUGCUAUUUGUUAUUGUUAAUAAACAGUGAUAAACCGUUAAUAGUUUUAAUUUUGAGUAAAAUGUAUGUACAAUAGGAAUUUCAAAUGCUUGUACAUAACUUUUUUUAUGCUAUUAUCACAUGUAGAUUUAAUUGUUUUAGAUGUAGAAUAUGUUUUCCAAAUAAAUCAGUAUUCUUAAUGUUUUAGCAAAAUUAUAAUAUAUAAAACAAGACUGUACUAAGACAACAAUAUAUAUACAUAUAUAUCUCCUUAAAAAUUUUUGAAGUAUUUUACAUGAAUCUUGAAACCUCUAGCACAAGUGUACAAUUAUAAAUCUGCUUAGAAUUUUGUAGUAUUAAAAUAAUUGCUGUUUGAGAUUGUUUAAAAAUAGUUUUUUAGAAAGCCAUAAAAUGAUAAAAAUGCGAUAUAUAAGAUAAAUGAUGAAGAAUUUUCAUGUGUCUUGUUUUUACGCCAUGGCUCAGAAUCAAUAAGACAUUUGUACUCUAGCUAUCCAUGAUGCUCAAUGUCAUUAGCUUAAAAAUACACAAAUCAUUUAUAAAUAGUAUGCUGCUUUAAGAGUAAAUGUUUCUUUGUGCUUUAUAGUGUAAAUAUAGGAUUUUUAAGAAAAAACAGGAUGUAGCAAAAAAAAACGGUCUAAUAUUAACCAAUCAUAUAUAAAUGAAUUUGUAAAACAAGCAGGUAAUGCACAAAUACUGUGUAUUUGCAUUCGAUCUCUUACAUUUUAUCUCAAGUGUACACAAUACAUUGUCCGACAAUGCUGUGAGUAGCUAUAAUUUUUAGGCUGUUAUAACAAAUAUGAAAAUGCUCGAGCAAAUCAUUCAUGUUUCAAAAAAUGUCUCUAGUGAGAUUAAUAAAACUUGACUUUCUAUUGCUCUUCAAAAUUAUUCUGCUUAUGGAAGUUGAUAAAAAUUUUAAUCCAACAAGCAGACGAUUUGAAAUAUAAGUUAUCAUAAUCUUCUUCUAUGAAAUGAAGUGUAAUAGCGUUUGUAAUAUUGUAAGCCUAUGGAUAUAACAAUUUGUGUAGAAAAUGUCAUGGUAUAGUAAGAACUCUAUAACCAAUUUCAUAUUAUUUAUAAAUAAUUUUUAA